UUGCUUUUUAGAUAUUUCGUUCUAUUUUUGCUUUUGAAUAUAGGGCAGAUGUCAAUGUAAGGUUUGUGAUUUUCCCAGCAAACUGAAAAAUGGAAGAAAACAGUGUGGUAUCGAACUCGAAAACAACACAAGAGCUUGCGAAAGAAGGUCAGAAGCAUCUAGAAGAAACCAUAGAAGCAGCUUUCCAGAUUCUCUCCUCUAUGAACGACGAGCUCUGCAACCCCACGUUAUGGUCCACCACCACCACCAACGGCGUCGUAAAUGGCGAUGCUGCAUCUGAUUCUAAUCAUCACAUGGACAACGGCGUUGUCGGCAGUGGUAAUAGUGCGCUCGACGAGGCUCGCCACCGGUAUAAAUCCUCAGUGGCCGCCCUUCGAUCCGUGCUCUCCAUUCCUAAUUCUCAUAGGGCAAAAACAUUCGAAAUGGGUUCAGUUUCCUCAGAUGAUGAAGUUGAAAUUGAAAAGUUGGAAGAGAGAGCAUCUGUCCUAAGAGAGGAGCUUGCUAACAAGAACACACACCUUAAACUUCUCAUUGAUCAGCUACGAGAUCUCAUUAAUGACAUAUCCACAUGGCAAAGUCCAUGUUCUGUCUAAAAUGCAGAAGUGAAGCUUUUUUGUUGUACAAUGGUGCCUGAAAGUGGAGGUUUUAGUCUAGAUAUCUGCCAAAAAAAAAAAAAAAACUGCUCAUAUUGAUGUUCAUCAAGGAAAGUCAGAGACAGAUGAUAGGCUUUCAGUGGUAAAAUCAUUUCUUGUUGCUAAAAUGGGAAAUAGAGCAUGUCAAGGCUUUUGUAUAUCUUGAUUCUCUUAACAUUAUCAAUGAACUGCAUGUAUAAGCUUGUUGAUUUUCUAGUUGACAGUGUGAUAAAAUUCAUCCUAUGGUUGAUAUUUGGAGUCAAACUGAAUGGAUAUGUAAUUUUAUUUUCAGUAUUCAGGACUUUUUGUUUUA